UCCUACAGUUCCCGGCAUCCUUCGCGGUCCCCGGGCUGUGUUGUGUUCCUGCUCAGACGCGGCUAGUUCAAGUUGCCAUAGCGCAGUGAAGCUGUUCUUCUGUUAGCUCACAGGCAACACGCGACAAAAACAAACGUCCUCUGUGGAAAUUAUCGAUACGACAGCAAGUCUCUCCUCUGUUUCUUUGAGCUGUGGACACGAGCAGUGCUCUGUAGCUUCGCUGUUUGCUUUCCGAGCUAAAUAAGUGAGCUAACGGUGGGUUAGCUAGCUAGCGCUCCAGAAGUGGAUGCCACUUGUUGCUAACCAGGAGGAGCAUCAGUCACAACAAUGGCUGGGAUUGAUUGGGAGGGGACCGGUGUGAGCUGCAGGGUUGUUUUAGUCACAUAGUUUCAUUCUUGUCUUCCUCUUGUUGUUCAAUUGACGAUGACUGAGCUACCGGUUCGGUUUGCUGUGAUAAAGAUUCAUAUCUUACAGAAAGUUCACAACCGUCCCACCGUGGUCGUUAAUCUGAUUAACGUCACUGUAAACAAUUGGCGUUUUGCGCUGACGAAGCUAGUGGUAGAUCACAAAUAGACCCAUUAUCCCAGUCAGGCGUUUUUGUUUUGUCGCCACUCCUGCAAAAUUGCCAAACCCAAACUAUGGACACCUCCAGCAGUUCGGAUUCGUACGACAGGACGCGGGGGCACAGGCCUCGGGGUCGUGACGCCCACCGCAGACCCGGCCGGGACAGGGGCAGUGCCGGUGGUGAUCGAGCAACAGACAUAUGCGAGAAGAUCGACACCCUGGCCAACACGUUACAGGGCACCAGUAGAAACCUGACCAAAGUUGACCGGAUGCUGGGCCAGUACAGGGAUCAUACAGACGAUCAUGCUGAAGCCAUGGCACUGCUCAGGGAAAACCUGGAGGAGUCGAUCAGUCAGCUGCAGACACAGAGGCUGAGUAGAACCAACGGUGCUCGGAGUGUUUCAGCUUCGGCCUCUACCCUGCAUACCAGUGACCUGGAGGCUUGUUCAGGGUCAGAAGGCCAGCGUUUCUACCCUACCUCUCCACUGAGAGCCCACUACACAGGCCCUGCAGCAAGUAGGAAGAGGUCUCAGUCUGCCGGUGUUCGCUUCAAGGAUGCCAGUCGGACAGGAGAUGAUAUUCAUACUUUACACAAAUCCCUGAGGGAUCUACAUAGUGACCAGCAGAGACUGUCUGAUGACCUGGAUAGAGAAAUCCUCAGGAGGAACAGGUCUGAUAUUGACACCAGGCGGGCGAUGGAGAGCCUCACAGGGCACAUGACAACAUCCCAGAGACAAGACUCAGUAUCGUCUCGCGUGGAGCGGCGUCUGCAGGAACUGGAGAGAGAGAUACACAGCGAGGAGAGGAGCGCGGAAAGUGAAAGGCGGCCCGAGCAGCGGGUGGGCAUAUCCGAUGAGCUGCAGGAGACAAUAGGAAGACGACAAGUUCAAGCCCACGAGAGAGACGAGGCCAUGACAGCCAGGUUAUUGAAAGCAGAGAAGGAGAAGAUGGAGCAGGAUCUGGAGAGAGCUAGAAGACUAUUAGAACAGUCCGAGGACAGCAGGGAGUCACUCGUUCAACAGGUGGAGGACAUGCGAGAUGAGCUGCUGAGGAUAAGUAAGGAGAAGACUGAGCUUCAGAGGGCGCGGCUGGAUACUCCUCAGCCCACUGCUCAAACACAUGGCAACCACACUGACAGGGAGGAGGGAAGAGGUGGACAGCGAGGGCCAGACUUAGAAAAAGAAGUUGCAGAGUUGCGGGUUCAGCUGUGCAAGGCCUCUGUUCUCCGUGAGGUCGAGGAACUGAAGAGGGCUUUGGACCAUAAGGAGAAGGAGAGGGUCCAACUCAGCUUACAAAUUGAGGAACUGUCAUCAGAACUGGCGCGGCGGGAGCAGCAGCAGCUACGAAUGCUGGAACAGUUGAGGCAGAUGCAGAGCCGAGAGCAGACAGAGAGGAGGGAGACGGAGGCAUUACUCCAGGAGAGCACAAGGAGCAGAGAUGAAUUGAAGACCAGGGCCCAGGAGGCUGUGCGCCAGUGGAGGGCAAAGUGCAAGAGAAUGCAGAAGGAGCUGGAGGAGGCAAAGGCCCAGGUGCAAUUCCAUACUGACAAGGCCUUGCAGGCAGCCAGGGAAAAGGAGAGCUCUCAGGCCCAGCUAAAGGCGCUGAGCCAGCAUACUGAGGCAGCCCGCAGGGAGCUCGCUGAAAUUCUAGGCCGCUUGGCUCAGCGAGAGGAAGAACUCCACCGCAAGGACGUGGAGCUGUCCGAGACCCGCCAGCGGCAGUUGUCACUGGAGCAGGAAAUGCGGGAGGUAAGGGAGGCCUCAGCUGCCCUGGAAGAAGAGACUCGGCGUCAGUCUGCCAUCCAAACAAGACUAAAGGAAGAGAACCAGAGGCUGGAGGAACGAGCCGACACCCAAGCACGCCGCUUUCAAAGAGACCAGGACAAGCAGGAAGAGCUCCAGGCCGCCCUCAAGCACAUGACCUCCGCUCAUUCCCAGCAAGCUCAGCAGUUAGCUGAGGAUGAGAGGACCAGGAAAGAACUCCAGAAGGGAGCAUCAGAACUACAGGCUAAGCUGACAGCAAUGCAGGAGGAGCGGGCGGCACUGGUGCAACAGCUUCAGCUCGAGAGAGAGGUGCAUCAGAAGGAAGUGGACAACAUGAAGGCAAUGAUGGAAGACGGCAGGAUAAAGAAGCAUCGUGAAAUGCAGGCACACCUGAAGGAGGUUAAGGCAGAUGCAGCGUCAGACAAGGAGCUGUGUGGGGCGCUACGCAUCAAGUUGGACAGGAUGAAGGAUGAGUGUGAUAAGCUGGCAGCGCAACUUUACACAAAAGACGAGGCACACGUACUUCUCCUCAGAAAGUACCAACUACUCAAAGAGGAACUGGAUGAUAGAGUCCGGUCAGGUGACCAGAGACAAGCUUCAGAACUGGAGGAGAAGUUGCUGCGGAUGGAAGCGGAACAAGAAACAAUCCUUACCUCAAUGGGAGAGGAACUAGACACAGCCUGCCGCAGCCUAGCGAGGAAUGGUGAAGACAAACUACAGGCAAUCUCACAGAAACCUGGAUUAGUGAAAGACCCCCAUCACUGGCUUGCUGAGUCAAAGACAAAGCUACGCUGGCUAUGUGAAGAGGUGCGGGAACGCGUCACAAGAGAACAACGCCUGAGGAAGCAGCAUCAGCAGACCCAGGAUCAGUUGAAGGCCCUCAGGCAGAGCCGGGACUCAGAGCACGAUGCUCUCUUGCAGCGACUGGGCCAACAAGAGAAGCUGCUUUACUCCCUGUCCACUGAAAAGAAAGAGCUGUUGGAGAGGAGUCGCCGGAAGGAGGAAGAAAUGAGGAGCCUUCAGGACCGCAUUCUGGAUGUAGAGAUGAACACAAGAAUAGCCCUCGACCACCUGGAGUCAAUUCCUGAAAAACAAUGUCUGAUGGACAACUUCAAAGAUUUAGAGGAGUCACAGCGGCAGAGGGAGAUGGUCGAUCAGCGUUACACCAAAUACAAAGAGAUCGUCUGGGACCUGCAGCACCAGCUGGACGAGUCCAAACGCGAAUUCCAAGAGUACAGAGACGAGAAGCUGGACGCCACGUCCAGGAGCCUGAGACUUGCUGCUCUUUCUUCCUCCAUCAAAGGCCCCGGCACAUUCCUCAGCAGCUCGCUGAAGUGUGACACACUGUCACCUCAAAAACGCCUGAGCAGUUCGGACUUGGACGACUCUGUAGUCAACGGGGCCAAACCACUCACAGAUUAGCUCAACCCCGAUCUAUAUCCCUUCGAACAUGGACACACAGCGACGCACACAGCUGAUUGUACCUGCCCAGUGCUCAUCCAGAAAAAACUUGACUGUACUCGAAGGCCUCGCACUCAACACUAAUCCUCCUCGACUACCUCAAGCAGGCAAACACUGAAGGUGCUCGAGAGCAGGGGAGUGAUUUCAAACACACUUUAAAGGAGGUGAUAUGUUUGCACACUGUAAAAGAGGAACUACUAUCAAGUGUUUUUAUUUAUAAGAGCCUGAAGGGAAUUUAUUUCAAGGGUUUCAACCAAAAUCGUUUCACUGUUUUUUCCCAUUUUAACAACAUUUUAACUCAACAGCUAUUUUAAAUCUUGUAAACCAAACUGUGCUCCUCUUAUUAUGUGUUUAUGCUAAAUGAUUUUGACACAGUUAAGGCCUUUGCACACAUAACGCAUAUUUUUCUUAGGAUUCAUUUAUUACUAAUACUUUUUUACUUUUUUCGAAAGAUUUCACAUUUCAGUUUCUCUGAGGAUUUGCUUCUCUCAUUUAACCAAUCAGAAUCCAUUUUGUUGAUAGUGUCACACUUUGAAGCAACAACAACCUCCUCAUUCUGAACAUUUGUCGAUUUCUUUAAUAUAUUUGACUUGAGCCACUGCUUACAGUUAUUUUUGUCUUUAAAAGGAGCUGUACAGUGGCCGUUCUAAACCUGCCUUUCUAGAAUGCGCUGUUUGCUUGGUCUGUGGUGAUGCUGGUUGCGGUUUUCUUAAGUAAUUGAGUAAUUGAGCUGCAGCGAGUAAAGACUGACUGCAGGACUCAGUCCACAGAACCCUGAAGCCACAGCUGCUGCACAAACAACUGUUUACCUGUUUAUUCAAAGUUCAGUGAAGUUUGACUCAGAACCCUGAACUGGAUAAUCAGUUGUUUUGUUGACGUGAACGUGCUGUUGUCAUGAUCAACAACACAGUUCCACCCAAUGCUGCUACAGGUCCUCUUUUUGUUCAAAGUCUAUUAAAGUAGAAUUUAUCACGUGUGUCCAAAUAGCACCAUAUUCGACACUGCCCUUUCUUUGGGCCUUAAGGACACACUUUCCAAGUGUAAAGGCGAUGAGAUGAACAGCCGCGAGAUAUGUGAGCCACAGACAGAGAUUUCUGGAGUUAGACAGAUAUGAGGAUGUAGCUGACUUGAAACCAAGAUCAAGACACAUGUGACCCAACUGGAAGAAAAAGAAUGGACCAAACGUGCACAGCAGGGACAAUUUACAAAUAAACGUCCAAUUAAAAAGAAAAAAACAAACAGCCCAGCAUCAGCUUUUCUUCAAACUGUGCAAUGGGCGUCCGAUAAUAAUUCCAGCUGUGGUACAGUUUAAGCUCCUGAUUCAGGUGAAAUCAGCACCUGAUCCUCAUCGCUUGAUAUUGAUCCCAUCUUGGUUUUCCAGUGGUGAGUUUUUUCUCCAUAAUUCAUUUUCUACAUCACACCUCGCUGAAUAAUCUGAAUAAUUAGACACAAUCUCAAUAUUAUUUGCAGUUAUUUGAGUCGCAGUUGAUGUGCAAAGGCCUUAACUCUGCACAAACAGAAGUCUGGUGCCUUUUAAAGAAUAUGCAGUGUUUUUUAACGCUAAAAUUCUGGGUUGUCUCUUACAUGAAAAUGUGACAAAUCUUGUUUUUUUACCACAUUUUUUAAUGUAUUGAUGAGUUUUGUUACACGCAGUAUAUACACAUGGAUGUCUAUUUUUUAUGAAAUGCAAAAUAAGUAUAUGCACUAUGAAUAAAUCCCCAUGCAACUAACUGUCUGUUUAUAAGCACACUUGAUGUCCCCUCUAUUUCAGACUGAAGUGUCUGCUUUGAAACAGCAGAGAAACUCCAGCUAUUCCCACUGGUGCAUCUUUUGCAUUUUUUCUAAAAUCCCUCAUCAGAGAAAACAACCUUAAGCCACACCAGAGAGAAACGUCCUCUUUUAAUUUGCUGCCUGACUUCAGUGGCGUAAACACAGCACCUGCUCUGUAAACAUUUCUUUAACUUGAACAUAAUCUUGAGCCAAAUGUUUCCAGACUUUGUUCAGCUCUUCAGACAGGCUGCACAUUGUUAAAGUGACAAAUCAAAAAUCUUAACAUCACAGACAGAACGUACAACUGAAGUAAAUAACAUUUGAUGCUGCUGCCGUCAUGCUUCAAAUUUCAGAGAAUAGUUGUGGCGGCCUGCACAGUUUGCAAGAUCUCUGUGUGUUGUCGUCCUCAAUCAUUGAUACAGAUUUUAGUAAACUGUUAUAAAACUACAAAAAACAGACAGACAUGGAACUGAUAACAGAAUUGAUGGCGUUUCACUAUUUUACUUGGCUUGGUUGUGGGACAGACCAUUCCUGUCUCUGUAGUCUGAGAGAUAACGUGACAUAAGGUCGUACCCCCCUCACCAAAUAACGCAAGAGCCAAUGAGUCGGAAUGAAAGUGGCAC